UACACACUGCUGCCCUCCCACACUCGUGUGUAUGAGAUCCAACGAGACAAGCUGGCCAGUCAUAAGAGUAUAAAGACACCGACUGCUCACAUCAGGCCACUGAACCACCGAGGAACACACAGAGGAUCAUCAACACGCCAUCUGUGGACGUCUGGUAGUGGUUGUACGUGGGUGUUGCUCAAGAAAGGAUUCAUCUCAAGAGCUUAAAAUCACUGGACGUCCCGCGGUGGGAAGCUUAGACUCAUCUACUGAGAGCUCAGUAACCUCCCAGAGGCAAAGACAAGAGACAUUCCCUUCAUAUAAAGCAUGGCAUCCACAGGCCUUCAGCUGCUGGGCCUGGUGUUGGCUGUCCUGGGUUGGGUGUGCGGGGCGUUGGUGUGCGCGGCUCCUCUGUGGCGCGUGUCCGCCUUCGUGGGCGGAGAGCUGGUGAUCGCCCAGGUGCUGUGGGAGGGACUGUGGAUGAACUGCCUGUCUCAGACCACAGGCCAGAUCCAGUGCAAGACCUACGACUCCACCCUGGCCCUGCCCACGUCGGCCCAGGCCGCCCGGGGCCUCACCGUCCUUUCCCUGCUCCUCUGUCUCCUGGCACUCAUGCUCGGGGUGGCAGGGGCCAAGUGCACUCACUGCAUGGGGGACGCCAACCAGACCUCCAAGGCUCGACUGGCCAGGAUCGCCGGGCUGCUCUUCGUCGUGUCUGGCUUGGCCUACUUGAUUCCCAUCUGUUGGACCGCCCACGCGGUCAUCAGGGACUUCUACGACCCGACUGUCGCAGCGCCUUUAAAGAGGGAGCUGGGGCCGGCGCUGUACCUGGGCUGGUUGGCCAGCGUGCUGCUCCUGGUGGGGGGCUCUCUGCUCCAUCUGGGCUCCUCUCAACCAGGAGCAGGAGCGCUGGCUUUUUUCGGCGGAGCCAUGAAGAAUAACCCGACGAAAGGGGCAGCAGGGGAGGCGAAGCAGCAGGAAAAAUCUUUUGUAUGAGAUGAUUUUAUCGGACAUGUGAGGUCAAACUACAAGGUGGCCAUCUAAUAGAGGCCUUUAUUGUGUGUGUAUCUCAUAUCAUAUCAUGGAGUUUGGUUUUGUUUAUUUAGAUCAUAAUGUGGACUCCAAUACAAUUUGGCAAACAAACACUUUACAUUUAUUAAUAAAAUGACAUGAAGAGCUGGUCAGCUGAAGGUUUCUAGUGGAAUUGAUUGGCUGUCAGUGGGAUUUGACGUCAGUUGGGGGAGGUUUUAAAUGUUUCAAAGUUUACUAAUGUGUGUGACUUACAUUUCUCAAAUUCCAGUCUGCCUCUGCUUGUGUUUUUGUGUGUGUGCGUGUGUGUGUGUGUGUGUGUGUGUGGGCGGUCUGUGUACAAAAAGCCAGUGUACACGGCACAUCUGUGUACGCUACUGUGUUCACUGACAAUGUGCAGGCAGCGAUGCAUCUUUAUUUACUUUUUAUGAAUGCUGAUAAAUAAGUGUGUUUUUGGUAUUUUUACUGUUUUUUUCUUUUUCCUAGAACAAGUACAGUAUGUUCAUUUGGAUAAACAAAAAUAAUUCGUUGCUAAUCUGAACUCUUUUAAAGUUGCCUGUGUAUUGUCUGAUUUGAUGUGCUGUGCACUAACGCUCACCACUGUGUUUAUGUAGCAAGGCUUAUGUUUUAUCCAGCAUUUAAUGCAGUUGACUUAAUAACAUCAUAUUAUUUAGAGUGGUCACUGCAUAUGUGCGACAUCUCAAUUUCCACCUUUGUUUUUUUUUGUAUUGACGUGAUUGAAUGAUUUUUCACCACUUAUGCGCAAUAAAAAUGUGUUUGCAUCCCA